UGUUAGGUGUCCCGUAUGCUUCGGUUAGGUGACUUCUGAUUUUGACCCUAAACGCGAUGCAAAGGUCACCCUCCUCCUCCUCCUCCUCCUCUCUUUCCCCUACCCAUUCCCAACCCACCCCUCCUCCUUCUUCUCACCUCCCCCACCCCCCAAUGGCCGCCGCCGGCGACACCUCCACCUCCACCUCCGUCUGGGACUGGGGCGAUCUCCUCGACUUCACCGUCGACGACGACCUCUCCAUCUCCUGGGACCUCCCCCCUCCCCCGCCCCAGGACCCGAAUCCGGAUCCGCCGGCUCCGCGGAUAAGGAAACGCGACCCGAGGCUCGCGUGCUCCAACUUUCUCGCGGGCCACGUGCCGUGCGCGUGCCCCGAGGUGGACGAGAAGAUGAUGGAGCUGGAGGAGGAGGAGGCCGGGCACGGGAAGAAGCGGGUCAGGACGGGUCGGGCCCCGCCCGGGACGGCCCGGUGUCAGGUCCCGACUUGUGGGACGGAUAUUAAGGAGCUCAAAGGGUAUCACCGGAGGCAUAGAGUCUGCCUCGCCUGCGCUAAUGCCGCAACCGUCGUCAUCGACGGCGACACCAAGCGUUACUGCCAGCAAUGCGGCAAGUUCCAUGUUUUAUCUGAUUUUGAUGAAGGCAAGCGGAGCUGUAGAAGGAAAUUAGAGCGUCACAAUAACCGAAGAAGAAGAAAGCCCAGUGAUUCUAAAGCAGGAAAGGAAUCUCAGAGGGAAAUUCUAAUCGAAGACGGUAAUCCUGAUGGUGAAGUAGGAGAAGACAGUUUACAGUUAAGCAGCCAGAUAAAUGAGAAGGAAGAGUUGCUGGAGUCAGAAGGUGGGGGUAUUUCUACUCUCUUUUCGAUGCCUAAUGCCCAGAAUGUGGGCAGUGAUCGUGUUGCUUCCGCCCUGACUUCUGGUGAUACCCAAAUGGAUGGAGGAAAACAUGAUUCGAAUCACUCUCUUUCUCCGCCACAGUGUGAGAACAAAAGUGCCUACUCAUCUAUGUGUCCGACAGGUCGUAUCUCAUUCAAGCUCUAUGAUUGGAAUCCAGCAGAGUUCCCUAGAAGACUUCGGCACCAAAUAUUCCAAUGGUUGGCCAGUAUGCCGGUGGAGUUGGAGGGGUAUAUCCGUCCUGGAUGUACUAUCUUGACUGUUUUUAUUGCAAUGCCAAACUUUAUGUGGAUGAAGUUACUUGAUGAUCCUGCAUCGUAUCUACACAAGUUUGUUAUUGAACCUGGAACGAUGCUAUCUGGGAGGGGAAAUCUGCUUGUUUAUCUCAAUGACAAGAUUUUCCGUGUUGUGAAAGGGGGGACUUCUGUAAUACAGGCCAAAGUGGAGGUGCGGGCCCCCAGGCUUCAUUAUGUUCACCCAACAUGUUUUGAAGCAGGCAAGCCAAUGGAGUUUUUUGUCUGUGGGAGUAAUUUGUUACCACCCAAACUUAGGUUUCUUGUAUCAUUCUCUGGAAAGUAUCUGGCCGAUAAUUAUGAUCCAGAAUCCUCUCAUAGUCGGAUUGAAAGGGACAGCACUGCGGGUGAUUCAGAUCAUCAACUUUACAAGAUACAUGUCCCUCAUACAGAAGCAACUAGUUUUGGUCCUGCAUUUAUUGAGGUUGAAAAUGAAUCUGGGUUAUCAAACUUUCUACCUAUACUUGUUGGGAACAAAGAGAUUUGUGCUGAAAUGGAGACUAUCCAAAAAAGAUUAGAAGAAUCUCUUUCCGUGGGGGGAUCAUCAGACGUUUCGUCCAGUGGUUCUCUGCUGAGCUCUUGUGAAACAUGUUCACUCAGACACAGAGCAUUUGCUGAGAUAAUUAUAGAUAUAGCAUGGCUUCUUAGAAAGCCCUCGUCAGAAAAUGUCCAACAUAUCAUGACUUCUUCACGGGCACAAAGAUUCAAUUACUUAUUGAACUUGUUGAUAUUCUUCAAGUCAACAACCAUACUGGAGAAAGUGUUUGAAAAUCUGAAGAUUCUAAUGGAUAAUGUGGAGACAAACAACCCCGAUAGUGGCAGUCUUGAUGCUGAUUUGAGGCUAUUACAAAAGUACAUGGAUUGUGCUCGUGAUAUUCUUUGUCAAAAACAUCAAAAUCCUGGGGUUUCACAACUGAAACCUGAAAGGUUGGUCUCUCAUGAGGAUCUUAGCUCUCAAUAUCCAAGUGACCCCCAGAGCAAACAGCAUUUUUCAAUUUACACUCAGGAUACAGAAAUUACUGUAGAUGGUAAGAUGGAUUUGACGUUGGGUUCAAUUCCUAAUGAGAGAAGUGAAAUUCUUCCGCUUUUAAACAAAAAAGCGGCCAACUGUGGUAAUUCUUCUGGGGAGCUCGUAUGCUCUCGCUCUAGGCGAACUUUCUUGGGAUUUCGCUCGGCUCUGUAUGUAAUAUCUGCCGCAGCUAUGUGUAUAGGAGUAUGUGCAGUUGUCUUUCAUGCUCAGAAGGUUGGCAACUUAGCAGUAACAAUGCGCAGAUGUUUGUUUGACAAUUUCUAAUUAGAUGUCUAGUGUUCCCAAUCCCUUUGCCUGUACAUAUCCCUUGUAGACUACAUUCUAACACUGCACCUAGAGAAGACAUUAACAAAGUGCGUCUGUGUCACUGUUGGAAUCCUUGGUGGAUCUACACUGCUUUUGUUGCCAACAGUGUUUGAGACCGUAAUUUCUUCUUCAAAUAUAGGAGUGUUACCUGGCAGAUUUUGUAAACAGUAGUUUUGUUGUGUAAUCUAUUGAUGUCCUUUACCGAGAAAUCUGUUGUGCGCCUGUG